AAUUCCGAGCUAAAACCAUCACUCAAGCAAAAAGGCUCGAAAGAUGGAAGCUUUGAGGCACAUUUUUGCCAAUUUGCAUUCAAAUUCGUUUUUCUUCUUAGGCAUUUUCAUACUCACAGCUUCUAUAUUGUCUUUUGCCAAUGCAGACAAGACUCACUACCAUGAUUUUGUUAUUCAAGCAACUCCAGUGAAGAGGCUGUGCAAAACCCAGAAUACUAUCACUGUUAAUGGGAUGUUUCCUGGACCAACACUUGAAGUCAAUAAUGGUGACACUCUUGUUGUCAAUGUUGUCAACAGAGCUCAAUACAAUGUCACCAUCCAUUGGCAUGGUGUAAGGCAAAUGAGGACAGGAUGGGCAGAUGGGCCAGAGUUUGUGACACAAUGCCCAAUUAGGCCAGGAGGGAAAUACACCUACAGGUUCACUAUUCAAGGACAAGAAGGGACACUUUGGUGGCAUGCUCAUAGUUCUUGGCUUAGAGCUACUGUUUAUGGUGCUCUAAUUAUACAUCCAAAAGAAGGAUCCUCAUAUCCAUUCCCUAAGCCAAAAAGAGAAACACCAAUUAUUCUUGGUGAAUGGUGGAAUGCAAACCCUAUUGAUGUUGUGAGGGAGGCAACAAGAACAGGAGCAGCACCAAAUGUUUCUGAUGCAUAUACGAUUAAUGGUCAACCUGGUGAUCUUUACAAUUGCUCUAGCCAAGAUACUGCAAUUAUUCCGAUAGACUCCGGCGAGACCAACCUUCUCCGAGUCAUCAACGCGGGAUUGAACCAACCACUUUUCUUCACUGUUGCAAACCAUAAACUUACAGUUGUUGGUGCUGAUGCAUCCUACACAAAGCCUUUCACCACCACUGUCCUAAUGCUAGGACCCGGCCAGACCACCGACGUUUUAAUCUCCGGCAACCAGCCAUCUGCCCGAUACUACAUGGCAGCACGGGCAUACCAAAGCGCACAAAACGCUCCCUUUGACAAUACUACAACUACUGCUAUUCUUGAAUACAAAUCUGCACCUUGUGCUGCUAAAAAUUGUGCAGCAGCCAAACCAAUUAUGCCUCCUUUACCGGCAUAUAAUGACACUGCCACUGUCACCGCCUUUAGCAAGAGCUUUCGGAGCCUUAACAAAGCCUUUGUCCCAACUGAGAUUGAUGAAAAUUUAUUUUUCACAGUUGGGUUAGGACUUAACAAUUGCCCUCCUAAUUUUAACAAGGCAAGCCAAUGUCAAGGGCCUAAUGGAACUAGGUUUACAGCAAGUAUGAACAAUGUUUCAUUUCAAUUACCAUCAACAGUUUCUUUAUUACAAGCUCAUCAGUUACGAGUUCCAGGAGUUUUUACUACUGAUUUUCCUGCUAAUCCUCCAUUGAAAUUCGACUAUACGGGUAAUGUGAGUCGAUCUCUCUGGCAACCAGUGCCUGCAACUAAGGUUUAUAAGCUGAAAUAUGGGUCAAGAGUGCAACUUGUUCUACAAGACACAAGUAUUGUCACUUCAGAGAAUCACCCAAUCCAUCUUCAUGGAUAUGACUUCUACAUUGUUGCAGAAGGAUUUGGAAAUUUUAAUCCUCAAACUGAUACCUCUAAAUUCAACUUGGUUGAUCCUCCUCUUAGAAACACUGUUGGAGUUCCUGUCAAUGGAUGGGCUGUCAUCAGAUUCGUGGCGGAUAACCCAGGGGUGUGGUUGAUGCACUGUCACUUGGAUGUUCAUAUAACUUGGGGCUUGGCUAUGUCUUUCUUGGUAGAAAAUGGGGUUGGACUACUGGAAUCUAUAGAGGCUCCUCCAGAAGAUCUGCCUCCAUGUUAAGAUGAAGAAUAGGAAAUGCAAGGAAUUAUAUAGUAUAAUUAAAUAGGAAUCCACUAGCCCAGCAAUAAGUUUCUUUUUCUUUUUCUUUUUUUUGGGUUGUAUUUCUAGUAAGUAUUGCCUUUUCCCUGCAUUUGGGGAUAGCUCUUGCUCUGUUUCUUGGUUAUUUUUGAUAGAUAAGAAGUGGGUUUCCAAAUGAUGGUGCUGUAGAGGUAACACUCAGCACCAAUUAUCAUUUAGAUUUUUACAUAAUCUCCAUUUUCUUAACUCUGAAUGUAAUUCUUUCGAUAUAGCCAAUGGUAAACAAAGAAUUUCAGUUUUUUUAA